AUGAAAUCCAUUACCGGAACCUCACCUGAGCUACCUGAGAUGAAUCGAUUGAUUUUGAAGGAUUUUGACGUCAUUGGCGCUAUCAAUCAAAUGACCAUCAAUGAUCCACACCUGAAAAGGCCACUUGAUCAAGUGAGAAGAGAGUCGCUCUUCAAAGCCCUGAGCCUACUGCUCAAAAGCGAAGCCUCGGAUGACUCAACUGUUGCUACUUUGUCACAAUUUUGUCGAUACCGUCAUGUCGUUGAUCCCAGAGACGAACGUCUUGAAACUGUAGUGAGCCCUGAACAGCAUUUUUCUCAAUCUACCUCAGUCACAACGGUUCGCCAACCCCCAAGCGACACCCAGAGAAAUACACAGCAGAUUGAUGAGGGGCACGUCGAGUCGGGAGUGAGCUUUGAAUCAUCUUCGUCCCAGUCUCCUUCAUCCCUGCCGGGCUACCAAUCGGCAAGCGGUACCCAGGGAAAUACAGAACAGACCGAUGAGAGGCACAUCGAUUCUGGAGUGAGCUUUGAAUCAUCUUCAUCUCAAUCCACUGCAGCCCUGCCAGGCUAUCAAUCAGCAAGCGGUAUCGAGGAGGAUACAGAGCAGACUGAUGAGAGGCACAUCGAUUCUGGAGCGAGCUUUGAGUCAUCUUCCUCCCAACCUACUUCAUCCCUGCCAGACUACCAACCGCAAAACAUUCUUCGGUGGACUGAGCAGCCUGGUGGAGAACACGCUUAUACAAGUUACUUGAAAGAGUUCGGUGAUUCCGAGGGCUUCUUGCCAACCUACACGUCGACUAAAUUAUCCCACUAUCCUUCGCGGUGGAGAGUUGUUGCCCAAUAUAGAGGGUUCAGUUCUUUUGGGGAAGCAAUUUCCAUAAGAGCUGCAAAGCAUUUAGCCUCAAAGGAUCUAUGGAUGCAAUUGCAUGGAGGAUAG